AUGGCAUUCGCGUGGAAAGCUUCGGGUCUCACCUACAACAAAUACCUCUCGGUCGCCGCACGAGUCGUCCGACGAAGCUUGAAAGAUGACAAGAGAUUGGCAGCCGAGCGAAGAGGGGAGAUGGAAUUGAGAUUCGCCAAAUGGACAAACGGAAAGCAAGGCGACAUGAAGAGCGUUGCGGAUGCGAAUGCUGCAGCUGCGGUCGAGUCAGCGUCUUCAUCGUAA